CAAGGAGAAGGGGAGGGGUGGCCGGGAACCUGGGGCCCUAGGAUGGAGAGGGGAUGCAGCAGGCCAGGUUUGGAAUAAACUGGGGAAGGGGGAAGACGGCAGUGAGGAGGGGCGCCGGGGAGAGAAGUGAGGCCGGGGCCGGAGAGGAGCGUGUGUUUGGGGGAAGGGAAACCAGAGCAGGUAUGGAGGCCGCAGCCCAGGAUAGCUCCGGGGCCAGGCUGGAGACCCCCGGGUGGGACUGAGGGACGCCGCCGGAAGAGAGACACCUGGAGCCUCCACCAUCCUGGAGGAAGAAGAAGGUGAUUUGAGGCAUCAGUGAGGGAAUGAGGCGGAGACCAUUGCCUCUGGAGGGGCCGGGGAUCUGGAUUUGGGGUGGACCGAGGCCCUGGCCCAAAGGGCUGGAGGGGAGAGAGACGGAUAGAUGGGUGGGUGGUAUUAUAGAACCCCAACCUGAAUGUCCCUUACCCUUCCUCCUCCUGCAUCCCCACCCUGCCCUCACCACCUCCCGCAAACCUGGGGGCCCUAGUGGGCUGGGGAUUCUGUCUCCCUCUUCCCCAGUGGGGUGUAAUGUACGCAAGUAGGCCCUGAACAGAACUCCGCAUCUGCAGGUGUGUCCCGGGCUGGGUAGCAGAUCUGGGUCUGUUUGGAUGUCUGUAUCUGUGGGUGUGUCGGGGGGUGCUGAUGGCUGUGUGUGUCCGCUGUGUGUGUGUGUUCUUAGAUUAGUGUUUCCCUGGACCAGCCCUCUGGAGGGAGACCUAGGUGUGUGGCUCUCAGAGGGAGGUUUGCGUGUCUCCAUACGUGCCCGUGUCACUGCGUGGAGGCCUGUGUUUUGUGUCCUGACAAUCCGUCAGCCUGAUCUGAGGCAUGGGUUUGUGACUGGGAACACUAUUGUGAGGGAGUGUCACUCUGGGUCUUUCUGUGUAUCUGUCUGGGAGUCCUGGAGGCUGUGUCUCUGCUUGGUUCCUCUCUCGGAGGCCCCGAGUCAUGUGUCUGUGUGUGUCUCUCUCUCUUUCUCAUUCAUUCCUGACCCCCAACCCCUUCACCCACCUCCCGCCCCACCUCUUCCUUUCCUUGCUCUUCCUCCACUACGCCCAAGUGGAUCCGGGACCCAGGGAGGGCCGCCCCCCGGGCCUGGUGGCACUGAGCAGGGUCCCCCAGCACCCCCCUCCUGUCCCACGACAUGAACCUCCUCUACCGAAAAACCAAGCUGGAGUGGAGGCAGCACAAGGAGGAAGAGGCCAAGAGGAGCUCCAGUAAGGAGGUGGGCCCCGCAGGCCAAGCGGGGCCAGGGACCACCAGCUCGGGGCCCGGGGUCCGCGUGCGGGACAUCGCCUCGCUGCGGCGUUCCCUCAGGAUGGGCUUCAUGACGAUGCCCGCCUCGCAGGAGCACACCCCUCACCCCUGCCGCAGCGCCAUGGCCCCCCGCUCGCUCUCCUGCCACUCGGUGGGCAGUAUGGACAGUGUGGGGGGUGGGCCUGGGGAUGGCAGGAGGGGUCUCACAGAGGACAGCAGUGCCCGAAGACCCCCAGCCAAACCCCGGAGACACCCCAGCACCAAGCUCAGCAUGGCAGGGUCUGGGGCAGAGACGCCCUCCAGCAAGAAAGCAGCCUCACAGAAGCCAGCCCCAGAGAGCCGAGAAUCGAGCCGGAAGGUCCCUCCACAGAAGCCCAGGCGAAGUCCCAACACCCAACUCUCGGUCUCCUUCGAUGAGUCCUGUCCCCAAGCCCCCUCUCCUCGAGGGGGGAACCUGCCCCUGCAGCGCCUCAGCCGAGGGUCCCGAGUAGCUGGGGACCUUGAUGCGGGGGCCCAAGAAGAAGAGCCCGUAUACAUUGAGAUGGUGGGGGAUGUCUUCAGGGGAGGAGGAAGAAGUGGAGGGUGUCUGGCUGGGCCCCCUCUGGCGGGCGGGGGCCCAACCCCCCCAGCUGGCCCGGACUCGGAUUCGGAAGAGAGUGAGGCUAUCUAUGAAGAGAUGAAGUACCCCCUGCCCGAAGAGGCGGGGGAAGGCCGGCCCAGCGGGGCCCACCCAGUGACGGCAGCCUCCCCACCACACCAGCCACCCCACGUACUCCAGCCCCAUGCCCACCGACGUCCAGCUUCCGCCCUCCCCGGCCGGAGGGACGGGACGCCCACCAAGACCACUCCUUGUGAAAUCCCCCCGCCUUUCCCCAACCUCCUCCAGCACCGCCCUCCACUCCUGGCCUUCCCCCAAGCCAAGUCUGCUUCCCGGGUCCCUGGUGAUGGGGUCUCGAGGCUGCCGGUCCUCUGCCACUCCAAAGAGCCAGGGGGCUCUGCCCUAGCUCCCCAAGUGCCUGCACGGGAGCGAGAGACGCCUCCCCCACCGCCUCUGCCUCCUGCUGCCAACCUACUGCUGCUGGGACCGUCGGGCAGGGCCCGGAGCCACUCGACACCGUUGCCACCCCAGGGCUCUGGCCAGCCCCGGGGCGAGCGGGAGCUCCCCAACUCCCACAGCAUGAUCUGUCCCAGGGUGGCGGGGGCGCCGGUAGCCCCCUCUGCCCCGGCUGCCUUGCUCCCUGGGCCCCAUAAGGACAAGGCCGUGUCUUACACCAUGGUGUACUCGGCCGUCAAGGUGACCACGCACUCUGUGCUGCCAGUAGGCCCACCCCUGGGUGCUGGGGAACCAAAGACAGAGAAGGAGAUCUCAGUUCUCCAUGGGAUGCUGUGUACCAGCUCAAGGCCUCCUGUGCCAGGGAAGUCCAGCCCCCACAGCGGGGCUAUGGGGGCAGCAGCUGGGGUCCUCCACCACCGAGCCUGCCUCGCACCUCCCCACAGCCUUCCGGACCCAACCACAGGCUCCCUGGCCCCCCUUUGGACCUACCCAGCCUCAGCUGCUGGGCUCAAGAGACCCCCUGCCUACGAGAGCCUCAAGGCUGGGGGGGUGCUGAAUAAGGGCUGUGGCAUGGGGGCCCCGUCCCCCAUGGUCAAGAUCCAGCUGCAGGAGCAAGGGGCUGAUGGGGGGGCCUUCGCCAGGAUCUCCUGUGCCCAUGUCAUCGCCAGCGCAGGGACACCAGAGGAGGACGAAGAGGAGAUGGGUGCCACUACCUUCGGGGCCAGCUGGGCUCUGCAACGGAAGGUCCUGUAUGGAGGGAGGAAGGCGAAGGAGCUGGACAAAGCCGAGAGUGCCCGGGCCUGGAAUGGCAGUGCCGAGGGUCCAGGCAAGGUGGAGCGUGAGGACAGAGGUCCUGCAGCAUCCGGCAUCCCAGUGCGGAGCCAAGGGGCAGAGGGCCUGCUGGCCAGGAUCCACCAUGGAGGGGACCGAGGAGGGAGCCGUACAGCGCUGCCCAUUCCCUGCCAGACCUUCCCUGCCUGCCACCGCAACGGAGACUUCACUGGAGGCUACCGCCUGGGGCGCUCGGCCUCCACCUCCGGGGUCCGCCAGGCCGCGUUCCACACGCCCCGGCCCUGCAGCCAGCCCAGGGACGCCCAGAGCCAGACCCCCCCUGCACUGCCGCUGCCGCUGCCCCUGCCCCUGCCUCCCCAGCCGGCCCACGAGCGGGAUGGCAAGCUGCUGGAGGUGAUCGAGCGCAAGCGCUGCGUCUGCAAGGAGAUCAAGGCGCGGCACCGGCCCGAUCGCGGGUUGUGCAAACAGGAGAGCAUGCCCAUCCUCCCCAGCUGGCGCCGGGGGCCCGAGCCCCGCAAGUCCGGCACCCCGCCCUGCCGCCGGCAGCACACAGUCCUCUGGGACACUGCCAUCUGAGGAGGCCGUGGGGUGGGGGGCACCUGGACUGAGCAGGGGCAGGACCAUGCCCGGUCCCCCCUGGGAGUCUUGCCUUGGAAGAGACUUGAAGGACCAGGAGAAAGAGCACCAGCGAGACACACACACACACACACA